AUAACGAGAACGUUCGCAUCUGGAAAGACGGAGAAAAUGGUCAUUCAGUGCCUUGUUGAAUUGGGUCUCUGCGUUGGCAAGAACGAUGAAAUCGAAUGCGCAGACUUCACGUUCGAAAAGUUCUACCAGCUUUAUCUGAAAAUCUGUCCAAGGCCUGAAGUUCAGGAGCUGUUCGACCAAAUAAGCGAAAACAAGACCGUCAUUUCUGUGACACAGAUGCUGGCAUUUUUGAACGAGAAACAGCGAGAUCCGCGGCUGAACGAAAUCCUUUAUCCGGAAUAUGACCGGAUUAAGGUGAAACAACUUAUCACAAAAUAUGAAAAAGAUAGUAGCUUCGCCGAGAAAGGUUUGUUGAGUUUUCCGGGAUUUUUGUGCUACCUUAUGUCUGACGAUAACGCUCCGGUUCUACUGAACAGAGUUGAACUCUACCAGGAUAUGGACCAGCCGUUAUGUCAGUAUCUCAUCAAUAGCUCCCACAACACGUACCUCACGGGCCGACAGUUCGCGAUCAAAUAUUUUAGGUGUAUUGAACUGGACUGUUGGGAUGGUGGCAGUGGAAAGGACGUACCUAUAAUCACGCACGGCAAAGCGAUGUGCACCGAUAUCUUGUUCAAGGAUGUCAUUGUGGCGAUCAGGGACACUGCGUUCGUCACGUCUAACUAUCCGGUCAUCUUGUCGUUUGAAAACCACUGCAGUAAAUCCAAUCAACUGAAGAUGGCUCGGUACUGUUUAGACAUACUUGGCGACCUGCUUCUGACAAAGCCGUUAGAGACUCAUCAGCUGGAAGCAGGUAUACCGUUACCGUCGCCCAACAUGCUCAAGCGAAAGAUUCUAAUCAAGAACAAGCGUUUGAAUCUGGACAUCGAGCAUCAGCAACUGGAACAGUUUCUGAAGGAGGGCCGUGUCGACGAGGAUAUGGACGAAGACGUUGAAACGCCGGACGUCGGCGACCUGACCCUUGACGGUACUUGGCCGUUUUUCGCCAUCAGUUCGCUGCAUGCUUUAUGCGCUGUGGCACGACUAAAGCAUGCGAUGGUCGGUCACAACGACGGGCGGUAUCGAAAAGACGCACCGCGAUCGCUUGCCGACUCGUUCGCUUCCGAAGGCGACCACGCUUUUUCCAGCGUUCCAGAUAACGAAGCGCAUCCGGAGUUAAAAAUCACGCAGACCAUUCCAGAGGCGGUCACUUUCCGUGAAAAACUCAGAUCGUUGACCAACAUCAAGGGAAAAGAGGUUGGCCUAUUUGUGUCUUAA